CAGAUCCCAACGCGCCUGCUCCAAAAGUGAAAGUAAAAGUAAAUCUGUCGAGAACAAGGCGUUGGAGUGCGGGAUUUUUUUCAAAUCCACAAAGAAAUUACUGAGCCGUAGCUGACUUCAAAUCUAUAUAUCUCAAUUUGUAUUCCCUUAAUCUAUAAUGUCUGCCUUAUAGGCUACCUUGAAUUGCGUGAAGGAAAUUUCGCUCUGAAGAUCCAACAUCAGAAUGGGUGCGCUGAUGAUGCAUGUGUGCCUUGUGGCUGCUCUUGGUGCAUCUUUGUGUACUGCUGCCCCUGUUUCAGGUGGCAUUCAGGUUUUUGUCACGCCCACUGUCUCAGUGCGGCGCGGCCACACAACCACAUUACCAUGCUGGCUCAAUCCACCACAAAGUGCAGAGGGUUUAGAGGUACGUUGGUUCCGUCUUGAUAAAUUCGACUCCCCGAUCAUGUUUUACCGAGAAAAAAGUUUUCAGGAUUCAUCCCAGAAAGCUUCGUACGUGGGCCGAGUCUCAUUUGGCUUAAAGAAUGCAGCGUCUGGUGGGCUGACAGCAGGUGAUUUGAGCCUGAAGCUAGAAAAUGCCACAAUUGAGGAUGCAGGAGAUUACACUUGUUACGUCAGCAGUGAUCUGAGUGAUCAGGGCUAUGACCGUGCAAGUGUCAGUCUCACUGUGACAGAAAUGGGAGCAUCCCCUCUUCUGUCAGCAGAGUGGAAAGAAGAUCACAUGGUGAAUCUGAGCUGUGAGUCUGAAGGCUGGUAUCCAGAGCCUAGUCUGCGCUGGUCGGAUCAGAAGCAGGUUCUUACCCCAAAAAGCCUGAAGUACAGCAAAGACUCUUCUGGUCUUCUGUCAGUCAACAGCUGGCUUCUUGCCUCCAGCUCCACUGAGGUUUCCUGCACAGUAGGAGUCUCUAAUGAAGAGCCAAAGGAGGCAAGACUGCGUCUGGAAAACCAUCCUCAAACUGAGUCCAUCCAGUCAUCCAGUUCAUCAGUGGCUGGAUGGGUGGCCUUUGUUGUACUCCUCAUAGCCAUGUUAGUGUUACUUGGAGGGCUGUGCUACAAAAAGAGAGAGAAGAAAAAGAAAUCAGGAAAUCACCACACUAAUGAGAAUCAUCCACUUUUACCAAAAGAAGUGCUAUCAACAGCUAGCAAGUUUAAUGUUAAUGUUACACUUGACAAGGAGGGAAAUCAGUAUCUCAAAAUCAAGAAUGGUAUACUGAGAGACGGUCGGUGUGAUUUUCCUGAUGGAGAAAAGGUUACCUGUCUCACAGCUAUCAAAGGAACACCUGGCUUCUCUUCUGGACAACACUACUGGGAAGUUUCUGUGGGGAAAAACGAUCCUAAUGUAGGUCUCAAAAUGUCCUGGUGGGUAGGAGUUACAAGUGCAAAGGUCAUCCCUCAGGAGUUAGAUUUUUCUCCAAAUACAUCUAAGGGUUUCUGGUUCUUGUCCUCUUCCCCUGACAGAUCAGAUAGCUUUCAGUUUAGCACAGAACCCAAGGUUUUACUGCCUGUCCGUUCCAGACCGCAGACGGUUGGUGUGUAUUUGAAUUAUGACAGUGGAGAGCUUUCCUUUUAUAAUGUGGAUGAUAAGAGUCUCAUUGGCAGUUUAAACGCUACUUUUACUGGUGAAGUUUUUCCAUUUUUCAACCCUGGUAAAGGUGACAAAGCAGCUAUGGAAAUAUUACAGAGGACAGAGAAGGGUUAGUCUAGCGUGGGGGACCCUGUAGAUUUACCUCCACAAGAGACUUAAUAUCAUCAAUACCCACUGCUGUAAGCAAGCAAUAUGAAAACCUAUAGGAUCUGUUUUAUGUUUUAGCACUGUAGUUGUAUCAUGUGUUGAAUUGAGUGAGUUUUAGGGUUUUUCCUUUAUGGUUUUUAUUUAGUUCAGGGAAGUCGGUUGAGUGACUGAAAUGGGUGACCACCCAACAUUCGUAAACAAGUCAUGUUAAAGCUGAAAUGGUGCUUGUCAUACUAGCGCAAACCCCAUGCUGAAUCUGCAUGGGAUUGAUAACAUACCAAUUUUUAUGAUACUCCUAGUGCUUUUUUUAAGCUGUGAGAAGCUGUGACAAUACUCAAUUAUGAGUAUUAUGAGUAUGCUUGGUCAUAUAUAUGAGUAAAUAUACCAUUAAAUGAAUAGUUUGACAAUUUGAGAAAAUGCACAUAUUUGCUUUCUUGCCGGAAAUUACAUGAGCAGAUUGGUACUACAUCUGAGAGCCGUAUCAAUCUUCUCAUCUAACUCUGCAAAAAACACAAGUAGGGCAUAUUUCCCAAAACUACUGCAUUAAGUGUCUUUUAUUUACUUAGUUAUAUUGAUAGCCUCGUGGUUAAGACGCAUACAUGGCUAGACGGAUAAUGUAGCUCUCCUGUCUUUGGCAAACUUUGUGUCAGUAUGGAUUUUCAUUUAUGUGCUACUAUACAUUUAUACACUAUGAGUAGAAAUACACUAACAUUUAUUCUAAUUUGACACUAAUUACCGUAGAAUGUGUAUAUCACAAGUUAUCAUUGCCUGCCUGUGCUGCCUUUGAAAUAGCUAAUAUUGUGACUCUUUUUGGUGUUUAAGUAAAUGUUUUUAACACUUUAAUUUACAUGUAUUAUUAUUAUAAUUAUUAUUAUUAAUAAUACACCACAAACAGAAAUAUUACAGGGGUGCUCAUUUAUGUUCCAAAGGGUGAGAAGACUACAAGCCAGACUAAAAAAAGAUGCUUUGUGCGAUCUUUAAUCUGAUUGGUCUUGCAUAAAGAACUGUUGGUGGAUUUAAGCUUAUUUAGGACACAGCAGGUUCCUACCUGAGUAGGACUGUGAAAUGACCAGUGGUGAAGUAUUCAGAUCCUUUACUUAAGUAAAAGUACUAAUACCACACUGUAAAGAUUCUCUAGUAGUAAGUAAAAGUAUCAUCAGGAAAAUAUCCUUAAAGUAUUAAAAGUUUAAAAAUGUUUGCUGUGACUAUUAUAUCAUGAGGUUAUGCAUUAAUGUAAAUAUGCAUUAAUGUAAAAUUACGAUUUUACUGAUGUAGUCGGUUGCAGUAGAGCUCAUUUUAAAUUAUUAAUUAAUUCAUAUUUUUAUUAUUGAUUAAUCUGCUGAUUAUUGAUUGCUAAUGAAGGUUUGGUUUGUAAAAAAUUGUGAGAAAUGCCAUCACAAUUACCCAGAGCCCUUCACAAUGUUUGUUUUGUCAAACCAACAGUCCAAACCUUAACACUAUUAUUAAAACAUCACAAUUAUUAAUUAUUGAAAUGUUUUUGCAUUAAAAAUGACUGAAGAAAUUAUCGCAUACAUUUAAUGUCAAUCAACUGUUAAAUUAUGGCAAAACAUUUUAUAAGGUUUUCAUGUUUUUUAUGGCAAUUUUUUUUUAAAGUAACUUAAGCUGUCUAGAAGAAAAUGAAUGACCUACCUUUUUCACUGAUCAAGUACUUGCUGUUAAUGACAUUUGUACUGUGCUAAAACUAUUUUACCUUACUAACAAACUGUUAGUGUAUCCUGAUUUAAAUUAAGUCUGUCUGCCUUUUGUCUUAACGUAGUGUCAACAUUAAGCAUUUUAUUUUGAUCAGCGAGCCCUUUUGUUCAGAGCCUUAGUCGGCUCCAGCAGAGAUUCACACUUUACCUAUACAAAGUUCUUUUGUUUUUCAGUAGUUUGAGCAGACGGUCUUGGGUCUGUGCAAAUCUACUCAGACAGUCUUGUGAGUGAAUGUCUUUUCAGCUUUUGUUUUUUCUGUUGCUUCCUCUAACCUUGUAUAAAACUGGGAAGGAUCUGUGAAGGUAGCACUAACAGAGUGGUGAGCCAGGGUGGCCAGGUAGCUACAAACAGACUUACAAAAGGGAACAAUAACCCAACUCUGAUGUGAGCAAAUACAAUAUACUUGACAUCAGGAAUGAGGCAGCGCUACUAAGCUAUGAGUUGAUGGGCUGUAUUCAAGUUUCAGUUCACCUUUGGUAUAUAGUUGUACAGAAUGGCAUUCAUACUGUUUGUGAAUGUCUUUCCAAUGAUUGAUGUUAAAAUGUCAAUUUAUUCAAUAAUGUGUGUACGCUUUGUGACUGGCAGCUUUUUGAAUAAACUCAACCAAUAUGGGA